AUUUCGGGUACCUACAGUAACGUUUUUAACAAGCCUAUACUUCUAAAAAUUAUCAGCAAUAUUUAAAUUAGCACUCUAGUAGAAAUAGUUCUUAUCAAUUUCUACUUGACAUUAAAUACUAGAGAAUAAUUACCUCAAUUUAAACAUUUUUUAAAUGGCAACCAAUCCGUAUGUUAAAUCUUUAAUCUGGUUAGUUUGUGCAGGCGGUAUUGGCUACGGACUAUUGCGACUUACUGAGCCGUCCGAAGAAAAGAUUCAACGCAUAAAGGAAACUGGUGGUGCAACUCAUUUGUCCAACGAGGAACUUAAAAAGCUCCAGUUUAUGCAACGUAUGCGUGAGGCUGCCGGUGGCCAGACACCACCAAUUUAUUUACAGAAGAAAGAAAAAUAA